CCUGGCUUUGCUUGAUAACAGGGAUGGCAGGUGGAGCUGGGGUGGGCUGAAAGGCUGGGUUCCUGGCCAUCCAUCUUCUAACAGUCCUGUUGGCAGAGGCAGGGCUUGAGCCGUUUCUUAUGCCAGCGUAAUCAGUCCUUGCAUCCCUUAAGUCCAGACUUGACCACAAGCUGUUGCUUGCAGAGAGCUCCUAAAAGGGAGUGAUGACACUAGGUAUUCUACCUCACAGUUCUCUUCCCAGCCUUUACAAGUGAAAAAGAGCAGUUACACCUUAUGGAGUGUGUUGUGCUAUCCAACAACAAGGACACAGCAGCAUUAUCGUUACCCUGGUUUUCAAAUAUUGCAUCUCAGAAUUUAUUUUUUUACUACAGUGGCUCCCUGUAGCAGACCUCAGGAUUAGUUAUUCCAAAAAGAGAAAUGUUGGAUUCAAUUGUUACCAAAUUUUCUGUUCCUCCUUUUUUUCCUACACAGCAGGGAAGAGCAAGCUGUACCCUAUUUAUUUAUUUUCUGAUUCAUCCAGUAUAAAAGUCCUUUGCAAAUGGCGGUCAUUCCUUUAAAACAUUCCUUUAAAACUUUAAAAAGACACUUCUUUCCCAGACCUCUCUUGAAGUUCAGUGGCAGCCCUAAAAUUUGCUGAGAGGUUAAAACUAAACUCAAACCUCCUUUUCUUUGCGUACAAAACUUUCCAUUAUCCUUAGCUUAGUGCUUUUAUCUCUGCUGUGAAUUCUUUUACAUCAUAAAGGAAACUCCAUGUGAGGGGAGGGAGGAGGGUUGGGUGGGGGAACCCAGCUUGAUUUUAGGACUAGACACCCACAGUCAGGUGCCACAGCAGGAAGAGUUUUAGACCUUUUCUCAGACUUCUGCAGUUGGGAGUUGUUUCUCGCCUCUGUCUCCUGGCAGCUUCCCAGAUUUGGCUCCCUCACUGGAACACGGAGGCCAUAGAUAUCACAUGAGCACCCCUGUAUUUGCUUUGGUGGUGCCAUAUGUUGCUUUACUUAUACUCAGUGCUUGUACAGCAACCUACCCAUAAAGAUUUGAAAAAGAAAGGCCUCCAAAGUGUCUUGUCAAGGUGGCAACACAAACCCUACCUUGUGCAGAGAGGAUAAUUUGAUCACUUGAGUAAUUAUGAAGGAAAAAUGAUGAGAAGGUUUACACCAAAAGAGCAUUUAUCUCAAUAUCACACAGUGAACACAGUGAGGGCCUCACUUAAAUUUUGAUACCAUAUGAGACCAUUUGACUCUGUAACCUUGCAGAAAAGUACCAUGCCCAAAAUUAUAACCCUGUUUCUCUAUAGCAAAAAUGCUUUGCCUGCUAACCUUCCUCAGCUGUGGACUAGACAUCCAAAAACAAGUCGCAGAAGAACCACUGAGAUCUGCACCAGGUUCCCUAAGAUUCCUCAGGCCAGGUUUCGUUGCAAUGGGACCAACAUGACUUAAGAGUGUUAAGGCACCUACACUGCAGUAACAUGGUAUUUCCACAGGCCUUGGUCUUAUUCCUGGAUUUCCCUGGUUCAGCCCCUGGAGAAGUCAUGAGCAGAAGCUCUGUCAGUAGAUGGUACAGAUGUAGGCAAUUGCAUUUCUAAGGUUUUGAAAAUGAGAUUUACUGCUCCCAGCCCUGGCAUUGACUAAAAGGGAGUGAUUCACAUGGAAAAUCCGUAACAGUGGACAAGCUGCUUCACUUCUACAGCCAAAUAUUUUGAUUGCUGACAGUUGUGGGGAACUGAGAAAAACAGCUGACACAUGGAGACCAGAAUAACUCUGUGAUGCAGGUUAUAGGGUAAAGGGAUCCCUGAACAAAAAGCAUGCAGGAACAGCUUUCCCAGGCAUGCACUUGACUGCUCUAUUACAGAGACAACACUUUUUCUUCCACCCCCAAAUCUGCUGCAGUUGUCAUGCAGAAAACCUGUACAAAGGUCCCUCUGCAUGCUCACUGUUGAUUUAUCCCAUCCCAGAUCAGGCAGCCACCCACUUCCACUCCUAGAAUUGCAGCAGAGUUCCCAGAAGCCUCAGCUUGUCAUAUUCAGUGCAUCUCCUGCAGCUCUGGUCCUUGCCCUUCCUGUCUCAGCCCAGACUCUGAUUUUUCAUCCUCUUUUAUUUGUCUCCAACUCGUCUCUGUGUGCUCCUACCCACACAUGCUGCUCUGCUCAGAGAUGCAGGCAAGGACGAUUCAAACACAGCUCCACACAUGCUUCCCCCACCCACAGCGAGUGGUUUACAAGCCAGGUGGAGCUGAGCGGUUACUAUGAAGCUGAGAACACCACCCCUUCUUUGGAGGGCUACUUUUGCUUCAACCCAGCCUCAUCUGUGGUUGGUAACCAGGGAGACCCCUUCAGAAAGGUCUUCAUGCCCCUCAUCUAUCUGCUGAUGUUUGUGUUGGGGACUCUGGGCAAUGCUCUAGUCCUGGUCAUUUUGGAGAGGUUCAAGCGGUCUCGUACCACCACAGAAAACUUCCUUUUCCACCUCACCCUGGCCAACCUGGCACUGUUGUUCACCUUCCCAUUCAGUGUGGUGGAGAGCUUGGCUGGGUGGGUAUUUGGGAAGUUCCUCUGUAAGAUACUCAGUGCUGUCCACAAGAUCAAUUUCUACUGCAGUAGCAUGCUGCUGGGGUGCAUCGCGGUGGAUCGUUACCUGGCCAUCGUCUAUGCAAUCCACACCUACCGCAAACGCAGAGCUCGCUCCAUCCACCUCACCUGCACGGCUGUCUGGCUCUGCUCACUGCUUCUGACUUUACCCGAUCUCAUCUUCAUGGAAGUCUGGACAGAUGACAGCAACCGCAGCAUUUGCUAUUUUCCAGAGGUUGGGAUUGAUGGAAACAAUGCAUGGCUGGCAACUCGCUUCCUCUACCACACCGUGGGCUUCUUUGUGCCCCUGCUGGUCAUGUGUUACUGCUACAUGGCCAUCAUCCGGGCGCUGUGUCAGUCCCAGCGCCUGCAGAGGCAAAAAGCUGUCCGUGUGGCCAUCCUGGUCACAGGCAUUUUCCUCCUGUGCUGGAGCCCAUACCACAUCGUCAUCUUCCUGAACACACUUACCAAGCUAGAAGCCUUCACCAAGAACUGCCAUCUGGAAGACCAACUGGACACAGCCAUCAUGGUGACAGAGGCCAUCGGUUUCACACACUGCUGCCUCAACCCCAUCCUCUACGCUUUUAUUGGGGUCAAGUUCCGUAAUGACUUCUUCCGGAUCCUGCAGGAGCUUGGCUGCAUAAGCCAGGAGACCCUGCAGGAGAUCCUGGAGGUGACAAGGAAGGGUAGUGGGAUAGACUCUGACAACACCACCUCCAUCUCCACUUUCUAGUUGGGAAGGGCUGCCUACAGGGCAGAACUGGGUUUUUCCUUCCCAGUGGCACACUUGCUGUGGUCUCAGUUACAAGUUUCACAAGCAUCCCCACAACUUUCUUCACUCCUCAGGAAACAGGUCCAAUAGCCACCAAACACCCAAAUCAGACACCUUGCUUGGCUCUUCCUGGUUCUCAAACUUGUAGAGAUCCCUCUGGCAGCUGUUGGUGAAUGCUGAUGUCUGAUGGUCGCUCUUGUGGAGCUGAAUGAAGAUGGUCACUCAAGUGGGUUGAACCUGACAUUCCCACCUCUCCCUUGAAAACCGGACUGCAGGCAUCAUGUGCACAAAGCCAGGCACAGGACUGGGGUGCCAGGGUUAAGGAAAAAUGUGCAGCCAAGUAAAUGAGUCAUGUCAGUAAGCAGGUCUCCAUUUCACUAGCUAAGUUGGUACACACGUGCUCAAGGGAAGCCGUGGAACUCAGUGGCCAUCACAACUGGAGAGAUGCAGUAGGAUUGAUGGGGGCUGCAAAGCUCAAUCCAACAGCAUGGGCAAACAGUGCUGGACAUUCUUUGACUGCAACAUCAUCCUCCUGCUGCAUAACAUCCCCCCAGCCUGCCACAACAUGUUCAUCUUCCCAACACAGCUCAUGCCAGGAGGUCCUCCCACAGACUGAAAGAUUUCACUGUCACAGACUCCUUUCCUACACCAGUUGCAUCCUUCCCCACUCAUUUGAUCUGUUUUACUGCUGUUACGAUCUCCUGUGAGUGGCUGCUCAACUAAAUGCCUGACUAUGCAAAAGUUUUCCUUUAAGGAGGAACACCAUCUGAGGAGAUGGCUUCUGUCUUGUGAGCGCACACAGGGGAGAGAAACCACACAGCCUUGUAAAGCUGAUGGUAUAACUUUUUCCUUUUUUUGGCAGCUAGUUGUAUGGCUAUUUAUGGGUUCUGAGAGCAGAGACCCACUGCCCCAGAGUAAGGGAAAGUCUCCUUUGUUUUUAGAAGGCUAGAGGAAAUGUGGCAUUUUGCUUUGCACUGUGCUUUCUGUUAGUUUUCCUCCACCUGCACCUACAGGGCUUUCAGAGAUUAACUGCAUCCAGGUCUACAGAGAACAGACCUGGGUGGUGAUCUUGGCCUAAACUGCAAGUAUGCAGAAACUGCUCAGAUCAGGGCAGCUUGAUGAUAAUUUGCUUCAAAGUAAGAGCAGUAGCUUUCCCCAUCAUUAAUUCUUGCACCACAAACUGGUGUGUGGGGAAGCCCUAGCAGAUCAAGACAGCUUGCUGCUGCCUACGAGGUCUUGUCACAGUUUAACAUGGCAGCAGGCCCACAACACUGCUCCAUGACAUUUCUGUUCCUAAAGAGUGCUGUGGCUAGAACUCUAGGAGAGCCAUACAUACCAAUGUCACCCUCCUCACAUGCACACUUUAAAAUCUCCUCUACCCUUCACCUCACAUUUGAAGCAAUGUUGAAACAAUGUUAGUUCUCCUGUGGCAGCAGGAAUUUUGUGCUAACCUCACUUCUGAAGUUCAUCCCACUAGCAGGCACCUCAGUUCCAGGUGAACUUCACCGUACUCAAGGGCCCUGCUAUAAAGACCGGCCAUUAUGGAAGGGGCCACAUAACCUCAGCCUGACUCAGGCAGAGAUCUCAAUAGCUUGAUCUCACAUUGUGACUUGAGGAGAAAACUCAUCUAGUGUAAGGCAGUCCUCCAUUUCCUGCAGCACUGCAUCUUCAAAGAUGAAACUUUCAAGUAAUGGCAACUGUGCUUGUUCAGGCACAUACAUGCAGCAGAGAAGGACAAGUCUCUUAAGCCUGCACUUGUGUUCUCCACGGUUUUACCAGUGAGAAAAUCCACUGCAGAAGCAUUGUAAACACCUCCCCAGCAGGUUAUGGUGACAACUGUGUUUCUACAUGAAAAUGUUAUUGAAAAAAUAAUAAUCAAAGUAUUCAAUAAUAAUCAAAAUUCUUACAGUGGUCACAAAGUAAAAAGAAAAUCUGCACUCAAAUGAGAGUGAACAGACUACACAUCUGUUGUUACUAUAGCUUUUAGCACUGGUGUGUAUAAACCUUUAGGAAGUUCUGAGGUAAGCUGUAAUAAACAGGUGAAUAAAACGCCAUCUUCUCAUAUGUAGUGCUUGUAAGCAUUUGUCUGUAACUGUGUCACUUUAUUCAAGGAAGAUGCAUCAGAGAGGACUAAGUGGGCAGAUGGCACCUUUCUGACAAGCUCUGCUCAAAGGGCUUAGAGGAGCACCUUGCUCAGAUUCCCCUUCACCAGUGCCACAGAAGGCUCUGCUGUGUUCAGAGUCAGUCUAGACCUGUAUUACCUCUCUGCUUUACAGAGCCUCUUCCACUAACUGCAGCACCUCCUGCCCCAGUUAUACAGCAGCUGCUAACCUGACUGGAAAACUGCCCUUACACCUUUUAUUUGGCCCAGACAGCCUGGGAAUGGCUUGGCUCAGAGCUGGCAGACCUUCCCCAAAGAGUUGCUAUUGUUCCUCCCACAGCUGCCUGCAGCCAGCCAGCUGAAUAAGAAGAUAGCAAGAGGAACUUUCCUUCACUGCAGAAGAAGCUCUGCUUUCCACUCAGCAAAAUCCUUGCUAUCUCCUCAAGCUUUGCAUGGCUGUCACAACACCUUUCCCCAGAGUGGGCUUCCCUGCUAAGAACUCACACUGCCAAAGCCACCCCUGCAGCCCUUGGGCAGACCUUCAUCCUGCCCAGUGUAACUCUGCUCAGCCCUGUGCCAUGGCUGCCAAGCGAGGCAGAUGCACUCUGCCCACCCAGGCCACCGGGAAGGGGGACUGAGCCAAGGGGAGCUCCAAGGUGGCUCCUGCAGAAAGCAGAGAUGAUGCGUGGGAUGGCGAUGUCAGCACCCUCCCCAGCACAGCCUCUGCACCUCCAGCCCGGACUGUGCUCUGAGAACAAGGCUCCAGCAGACAAACCAGAGGAAGCCCUGAUCUCUGAUGAAGGCAGCCCCAAAGAUGGGAACAUGAAGACCCUCACAAGAGCACACUGCUCUGCAUUUCCUGCAGGGCAACCAAGUCUCCCAGGAGACAGAGCUGGGGUUCCAGCAGAGCAUCCUGCUACACACACACAGUGAUCACAGGGCCGUGGCAGGCAGUGGAGCAUGCAUGGGUGAGUGCAAGUAAGGGAACGCAUGAAUGAACGUGUGCCUGGGAGUGCAGCAGAGAAGGGGCUCCCCCGAUACCCACGCAAACCUUCCAGCACCUCUUACACUCUCUGUCUGUGCUGCAGAUCUGUGGAAAAUCAUGUGGAAAAAUACAGGCACAGGGUCAGGUCUUGAAAUUUGUCUUUUUAAUAAAAAGGCACCUAUAAAACAGGUCAAUACAUUACAGGCAGCACAGAUACCCAAAAACAAGCCUAAAAAUUGUUUCAAAUAAAAACCAAUAAGAUGUCUUCACAUAUUGUAUUUAUAUAUUUAUAUUUAUAUAUAUAUAUUUAUAUAAUGGUACAAAAUGACUGGGGAAGUUUCUCCAUGGGAUGACAGAGAACAGGUCAGUCAACUUUACCUCAAUGUGAAAGCUAAUUCCAGGUGUGUGAUUAUCCAACAUACUGAAAGAUGCUGUUUCCCAGCAUUCGCUUUUUUGGAGCUGGAAAAACAUGGCAAAGUCAUGGCUAAAAGAUGGGCAAACCUUCUACUGUGAUUAGGUGGAGUCAGUACACAGAACUCAAGGUGAGGAGCCGAGCAAUAAACUACAAGACACAAGACUAGACACAGGUCACGGUAGUGGGCAACCAGCUGAUGGCAAACCUUGCCCAGGUCUAACAAGGACUGGCUGUCACUGAGCCUCCAAAGGAACUCCUGCCACAUUGCUGAUCACAGACAUGGUUGGGAGCAGCCCUCAGGGCACAGGGGUGUUAGGCAGCAUUUCUUCUCUCCAUUGUUCAGCCAUCACAGUGGUAGGGCUAGGGCUGGCUCCAGGGUAGUGAGAUUUUGCAGAAGAGUACCAACUGCUGCUCCAGAGUCCUCAGCUCUGACCUAGCAUCGGGAUUUCCCUUCUGUAUCCAGGGCUGCUGAGUCAAACGGCUUAUUGGUCACUGAAGGACAGGUCUUCCUCCUGUUGCCAGGCAGAAGUAGCAUCACACUACCAUGUCCCUGUGAGCACUCAGCACUAGUCUUCUGAGCGCGGCACAGCGUGUGCCACAAGCCUGCAGGCUCCUGCUGAUACAAGGACAAGGCGCUGCUGACACAGUGAGGACUGCAAGCCCCAGGCAACUUCUGUGUCGGGCUGGGCAAAAGGGACAACAGGGAAAGUACAAACACAUGGAGAUCUCAACCAGGCUAAAACAACAGCUAUCUACAGGCAAACAAAAAAACUUCCAUAGAGAAAAUGUUAUGGCUUCAAAUUAGCCAAGACUUGCUGGUAGGUGAUGAGCAAAGUUUGGGACUGUAAUUGGUAUUUGGAUGUUUACAAGAAGCUACCAGCAGCCAACAGCCUGAAGAGCAGCCAAGAGAAGCUACAGCCUUUCAGGCAAGUCAAGCUUAGAAAGAGCUACAUCUGUUUGAGCCACAUCCUCCCGCAUGAAACACACACUGAAAGAUCAAGAAUCCAACCAGCUAACAUGUCAGGUCCAAAGCCUGAUCUUCUAAUUAUUCUUCUGCUCCAACUGCCUCAGCAGGAAGGAGAACUUCUCAUGAUUGUUCCUGUUUCACCACUUCAAAAAAUGUUACUUUCUCACAUGGUAUACAACAAACUCCUACAAAGCAGGAGACUAGAGCAAGAUCCUUCCUCAGAUCCAAACCCGUGCUUCUCACCUAGCACUACAAAAAGCCACAAAGCUUCAAUGUAUUCCUAACUGGACUUUAUGAUUCCAUCUUCUCACAGACUGGAUCAAGACAACUGCUGGGCCGAUAUUUCAGCACCCACCAGCCUUUCCAAAUAGCUUGCAACUUGAUAAAAAGUGUUGCUGUUCACUCACUACUUGGCAAUCUCCCUUUCCAAAGCCCUCUCCUCCUGGCAACAGCAAGUUGGGAAAGGUGAGCUCUGUUAUAAGAGAGGUAGUGUGUUAAGCCUGGCUCUGCAGAGAUAAUCCUCCAAGCAGUGUUCCUCCAGCAAUUGUGUGCCCCAGGUUCACCACUGGAUGCUGGAAUUGCAAGUCCUCACAGAGGUCCAGAGAUACUGUGAUGUGUGCAGAAAUGUGCGUGCAUCAUGACACAU